AUGACAUUUGAUAAUACUUCUUCUAAAUACAUGUAUGGGAGAAACAGUAUUAACCAGAGAGAAGAGAGCUCCUCACUGAAGGCAAAGCAUGCUUCAGAGGUGAAGAGCAUGCACACACAGAAACUCAAGGUUACUUGCAAACCACCUCAGAGUUCACCAUGUCAGCUUAAAGCCUCUAUAUCUUCUGCUGAGGGAUUUUCCUCUCAUUUUGAAAACGUUCCCAAGAGAAGUGAUAAUGUUCUGGAGCUUUGUGUAUCCUUUACAUUCUUCAGUGCCGUCAUUUGGAGGGCCGGGGACGAUGAAGAAAGGUGUGAGAAAUAGUCAGCUCUGGUUGAGGAACUAUUCAUGCUAAAGUACAAAAUCUUGCGUUUGGAACUGAUUCAUUACCAAAGUAGCGUUAAAGAAGAACUGACAGCUGGAGAAGCUGAUAAAUACUGGAAAACGAAAGAGUUGACUUUUUCUAUGGACACUCCAGUUCAGCAACGUGAUAAUUUCAACGCGGCUUUAGAAAGCCGGUACAGUGGAGACCAUGUGGUCGUUUUCCCAGGAGAAUACAAGGCUGUAAACUUAUCCCUGUUAACUAAAGACAUUAUUAUACGUGGAACUGGAAAACCAGAAGAACCCGUGAUUAUUUCCAAACCCCCUUAUGAAUUUGUGGUAUCAAAAGCCCAAGAUACAAACCUAACGCACCUGAGGUCGGUACAGCAGAGAAUAGUCAACGGUGUCGUGGCUGCCGAAUCCGGGCAGGUGACUAUAGCAAAUUGUGUACGAAGGUGUGAAGGAACUGGCAUCUGGCUCACUGGGGCUUCUCUGACCAUCACGGAUAGCGAGAUUACUGGAGCUCAGGGCGCUGGUGUUGGGCAGUAGCCAAGAAGCACAGCCAUCUUAGAGAGUGACAAAAUUCAUCACCGCAAUAGUACCAGAACCAGUGAGACCUCACAUCAUAGCCAGGGCAGCAUUGAAGUUAAGUCUACAGAAAAGUCUACAUCAGCAGAGAGGACUGUGGAGUUUACUGCAUCAGAUGAUGCAGAGGAAGAUACACACUCCAAAUUAAUCCCAGAUUUAAGUUUGGAGAUGAACAGUGAUACACGUGAUGAUAUCAAAGAUAGCUCUCUAAUUCAUAGCUGGAUAUCUAAGCUUCAUGUGGCAUUUGGCUUUUAG